CUUUGCCACCUGUGCGCCCACAGUCCAGCAUUUCACCCAUGGGUGCUGCAGCGUCCGUCGAUGAGUCAGUGCUGCUUUCCGUCGAAGACGUGGAGGCAAGCGCAGUGCAGGAUCACUUCAGGAAAAAGCUUAGGCGCAAUGAGGAGCUCCUGCGUCGUGCGGACAAAAGCAGCGAGGUAGUGGGUUACCAGGCGGCAGCGCCUUAUGCGCAGCCCCUGCUCAAGGUGAAGCUGGGCGAUCCCGAAUGCCUCGAAGACGUGCACGCGUCCUUCUGUGACGACCAAAGACGACAGAAAGGCAGCAGCGAGGUGUACCUGGAGCACCUGGCCACAGGUGGGGAGUUGACCGCCAUGACGGCGCUGGACAAGGCCCACAUCGCCUGCGCUUCCAGCGAGGGUCAGAUCUGGGUCUACAACUGGCGGGAGGACCGGGUGAUCAGCCAGCUUCGGAGCAGCUCCGUGACGUUGCUGGACGAGGAUGGAAACCCGGAGGUGUGCAAGGUUCGACGCAUGCAGCCCCUCACGCAGGACCACCGGGUACUUGGCACCUGCGACGAGCGCGGCACCGUCUGCAUUUGGGACCUGUUCACCUCUUCCCUCAUUGCAGAGUCCCGGUUCCACGAAAAGAGCUGCACCAGCAUCAAGGCCGAUUUCUGGAGGCAAAGCUUCGCCACCACAGGGGAGGACUCAGCGCUCAUCCUCUACGACCUGGCACAAGAGCAGGUCCGGGAGCGAGCGCUGCCGGCACCUCUGACUUGUGGCAACGGGAUUCCCAACACCUGCUUGGGCAUCGGUGGAGACAGGUUCCCGAACCUCCUGGCGGUGGGCGGCGCCGACGGCAAGCUGCGAAUCUGGGAUCAGGCGGUGUCUCUGAAGCGCAUGCACACCAUCCAGGUGGGGGCGGUCACGCCCACGCAGUGCUUCGUAGCUCCUUCCGGCUGGCAGCUGAUCCUCUCGGCGUCGUUGGGCGACUCUUCGUACAGUGGCAUGCGGCCUGACCGCGGGGGGCUGUACUGCUACGACUUGCGGAUGCUGUCCGACGGCCACGACAACAAGAACGGGGCCCUAGUGGUGAAGUGGCCCAGCGGCAUCAAGGACAACAAGGACCUCGCGGCGGACUGCGGUGCCUCCUCGAUGCGGUCCUCCAUGAAGUCCUCCAGAUCGAGAGGCUCUGCGAUGACAGCAAACAAGGGCCCGUCCUCUAGGAUGGCUUUGGGCUCAGGCAUCGGUGGCAUGGACUUGGCCAUGGUGGAGGAGGGCAAUUCAACGAUGGCGGUGUGCCUGAUGGACAAUGUUGUGAAGGCAUUCGACAUAGGCACUGGUGAGGAGAUCCCAAUGGACACGCAGCGCAAGACGGUGAGGAGUGCGCCCACCUGGGAGUUCGACGCCACCGAUCGAAUAGAGCAGGAGUACGCCCAUGCGAGUGUGCUGACUGCAAUUGGUCGUCAUGUUUUCGUAGGGACGACCUCUCCCUCUCUUCAGAUUUGGCGGCGGCCCGUGGGCAACAACUUCGGCCACAGCGACUACACCCCGCCGCCGUUGCAGCCGAUGGAGCUCCGGAUGCGGUGCGUUCCAAGGGCGCUGAACGCCCACGAUGUGCCCAAGCAGGCGGUCUUGGCCGAUCCCACGCUGCGUCCUGGCGUGGCCUUGGGGAAUGUCUACAAGGCUUUGCAAGCGGACAGGCAUCGGCUGGCCAUGGCCUUGGGCCCACAGGAGGCGGUGGAGGCCCGCUGGGCAUGCUCGGUUCGACGCGCGGAACCCAAAGAGGUGGGUUAUUUUUUCCCGUUUUUGCUCACCCGGCGGGUUGGGCCAUGGGGGUUGUUGGAUUUUUGGUAACAUCCGACCGCCACACCCAGCCCUCCCGCCGACAGAGAGACUGUGACAGGCAGAGCUUGUGCAUGUGAAUUGGGC